GUAAUCAGGAGGGAAUUUAUUGUACAUGGGCCCAUGUUUCUGCCCAAAAAACCAAUGUAGCAAACAUAAACAAAGAUAUUUCUAACUAACACAUAAAUCAAAGGAAAAACAAUAAUUCAAGAAAAUUGAACAACUACUCCUUACUGAGAAAUUUUUCAUUCAUCUUUAUCAAUCAUAAACUUCAAAAAUUAUUUCAAAAAAAAAAAAAUGACUGGCAAUAUUGCAAAGAAAGGUUUACAACGUUAUUUAUCCCAGCUUCAGCGCCACCCCUUAAGAACUAAGGCAAUUACAGCUGGGGUUUUAUCAGCAAUUAGUGACAUAGUUUCUCAGAAGCUUUCUGGUAUUCAAAAGCUUCAAAUUCGACGCCUUUUGCUUAAAGUGCUUUUAGGAUUCGCUUAUCUUGGACCGUUUGGGCAUUUCUUUCACCUCAUGCUUGAUAAGGUUUUCAAAGGGAAGAAGGAUCCAAAGACAGUGGCUAAGAAGGUUGUUGUUGAGCAAUUGACAGUGUCCCCAUUGAACAACAUGCUCUUUAUGAUAUAUUAUGGAUGGAUCGUGGAGAGAAGACCAUGGACCCAGGUCAGAAGCAGAAUUAGGAAAGAUUAUCCGUCAGUGCAGUUGACAGCAUGGACGUUUUGGCCCGUUUUUGGGUGGAUUAACCACCAGUAUGUGCCUUUGCAUUUACGGGUGAUUUUCCAGAGCAUGAUUGCUUUUGGCUGGGGAAUAUUUUUGAACUUACGAGCAAGGUCUAUGCUUCUUACCAAAGCUUGACCAAACAAAAGCGUACGUAUCCAACUCAUCACUAAUCACUAGAGCCUACUACCCCAUUGAAUGUCCAAUGCAAGUGGAAUCAGUGAUAUCCUAUUAUACUUUUUUUACAUUAUGUCAGCAUGGCGCAGAUGGUUAGAUUUGAAGUUAAAAUUCAUUGUUUCGACUAGCUAGAUCCUUUGAAAUGUACAAUGUAAAUCAAUAAAUCUUCUCGGAGUCUCUUGCAAAGCCUAUUGUCUUCAUAGGUGAUUGCUAAAUUAAACCUAGAGAUGAUUCAGACAUCUUUAUGCAACUUCUGCAAAAAAGGGCUAGUUUUCCCAACAACAAAGCAUUUUUGCUUAUAGUUGGUAGAGCCUCCCCUGAAGUUUGUCUUUCAUCUUGUUAUCAUCACGAUUCACGAGUGGUGGAAUUGAUAUAAUGGUAUUGUAGUAAUAUGCUUAUUGUUUGUAUUCAAUGAUCCAUUUAUCGCU